UUAAUGUAAUCUUCUCUUGACCUAAAAAGCAAGCUGCAACAGAGAGAGAAAGAAAGAAAGAUCGUUGUAGUUCAUUGCAUGUGAAAAAAACCCACCGGAAUGGAUCGCCAAGACUCACCUGUUUUCGAUCGCUUUGCUCCUUCACAACCAUUAGAGUCCAAGAAAAACUAUCAUCAGUCCGAGAAUGGGAGUGAAAAAGACAGCCGCGGUUCUGGUAAUAUUGAAAAGGAAACAAAGAUCAUCAGCCCAUCUUCAAGAAUCCGUCAGUUUGACAGAGAGGAAGUUGCAUUAUUUGCAGGCAUGAGUUCGCGUCCAGAUCAAGAUGAUGGAGAAGAAAAACCAGUAGUAGUACUGUCGUCCGAGGCCAUGCCUGAAGAUAGCGGACGUGAGAGGCUGAAGAGGCAUAGGGUUGAGGUGGCGGGUCGGGUUUGGAUUCCUGAUAUAUGGGGCCAGGAAGAGCUUUUGAAUGACUGGAUAGAUUGUUCUGCAUUUGAUGCUUCUUUAGUCCCCAAAGGAAUCAUGUCGGCUCGUGCGGCCUUGGUUGAAGAAGGAAGAAGAGCAAAUUCUAGCGGAUUAAGAAUAGUAAACAGGUGUUGAAUUUUUUCUUUUUCUUAAUUCUAAGAUAUUUUCCAUUGUUUUAAGCUUAUUGACAAUGCACUUAGUAUAUUUAAAACCCUAAUUGAUUACAAAAAAUAAAUAUAUGUGAACGGUUUCUAUUUCUGGGUA